AGUGCUUACCCGCGCCGCCAAAAUGCGCGCUCCACUGACGACCUAUACACACCCAUGUGGGUGCGCAACGCAGGGCAGCUGAAAGAGGGAUUUUGCGAUACCUGUGUGCCAGGUAAAUGGCUGCAGCUAAAGAACAGCGCGUACUGGUAUCACAAGCAGUUUGCGCAUGGGAUAUCGUCGGUUUCAGGGAGGCCUUUUAUACGGCCAUUGGAGGUCCGGCAUUACAACGACGACGUUAUCGAGGGGUUGUGCCAUCAGUGCUAUCAUUGGGUGCCGAUUGCCAACUCCAAGCGGCGGAAUAGCGUUCUGUGGUUCAGACAUGCGCACAAA